AUGUAAACAUGUUGCAGUUAGCGAACGACGACUGUAUUUUUAAAGUUACACACUACAAAGUCGGGUGUUUUCGGUUACGGAACAGUCUACCGGAAGACAAAAAAAGUCUAUCCACAGCUUUCUCACAAUCGGAUUGUUUGGAAACCGAACGAAACUUACAUUCUUUACGGUUCUCGGGUUUUUAUUGUAACAAAAUACGCAAACUUUCAAUUUGAAGUCAUUUGAAACUUGCGCAAAAAAUCGUGUUGCUGCGCCACUCUAUCUAUUCACUCUGCUCUAUACAAGAGAUGCUUUAAAUGUGUGUGUACGUAUGUGUAAAGCUUUUAAUCAGCAGCAGUUCCACCGCAGCUUCAAAGUCCACUUUCUAGUACCGUUGUUCAUGAUAGUGCAUAAAAUUAUCACCUGUAACUUUUUUUUAUUUAUGCAGCGUUUUGUCUUAUUUUAGUGCAUCACAGAUUAGAGACACACGUUCGGUAGUAAGAUGAGCAAUUAUUUGGCGGUGCUUCAAAAAUCAGUCAAGUUUUUCGGGCCCUCGAUCGCAAUGAACCACAACGCAGUUCGUACUCUGUGCUCGGUUCCUGCGGCAUCUUACAAUUUCGAAACAUUGAAACUCUCCACUCCUAAGCCGUAUGUCGUUCAUGUGGAGUUAAACCGGCCAGAUCGUCUCAAUGCAUUCAACAAGCGCAUGUGGACCGAAUUAGGCGAAUGCUUCUCACGGUUGCACAAUGAUCCGGACUGCCGAUCGAUUGUGCUAUCUGGGGGAAAUAGCAAACAUUUUACCGCUGGAAUUGAUCUGUUAGACAUGAUGAAACUGGGCCAGGAACUUGGCGAGAUUGAGGACAUUGGACGUAAAGCACGCUUGUUCGAGGGUUUGAUUAAGCUUUAUCAAGAUUCGAUUAGUUCGUUGGAACGUUGCUACAAGCCGGUCAUUGCAGCUGUCCACACGGCGUGUGUUGGUGCUGGAGUAGAUCUAAUUACCGCUGCCGACAUCCGAUAUUGCACCCGCGAUGCAUGGUUCCAAGUAAAAGAAGUAGACAUCGGAAUGGCCGCGGAUGUUGGAACUUUGCAACGACUGCCGAAAGUUAUCGGCAGCCAAAGCUUAGCUCGCGAGUUAUGCUUUACAGCACGAAAAUUUCAGAGUGCAGAAGCCCUGAGCUGUGGCUUCGUAUCUAACGUAUUUGAAUCGCGCGAGGAAAUGAUUUCAAAGGCCAUUCAAUUGGCUGACGCUAUCGCCAACAAAAGUCCAAUUGCUGUUCAAGGAACAAAGAAAAAUAUGGUUUAUUCUCUGGACCACACUAAUCAAGAAGGUUUGGACCACAUACGAGAAAUGAACAUGACAAACCUUCAAAGUGAAGACUUCAUCAAUGCAGUGAUGGCUCAACAGAGCAAAGAUACAGUGCCAACUUUUGCUAAGCUAUAAAUUGGUUUUCUUUACAUCAAGAAAUAUUUUUUUAUACAAAUUUCAGAAAAAAAUAAAUAUAUUCCCAUUAAACAAAACUUAUAAACAAA